UUGCUGGAACACAGUGGGCCUGAUUUGCAUAAUGCUGCUGGCGGGGCCUGUGCUUCUCUUGAACCUGAAUGCAGCGAGAGUGAGGAAGCAAUUAUUAAGCUGUAGACAUUGGCAAGGAGAGAGGCCUCAGAUAGAUUUCGACUCCAAACCUCAUUCACCGCCUGGGAUGCUCAUUACCCAAGGCCUGGAUCCCAGGCUGACGGUGGAUCCAAGAGCCAGGAAAAUCAGGGAAUUGCUUUCCAGGUUAUGUCUACAGCCAGGCCCAGGACGAAUGUGGAUGAGCAGCUUUGGUUUUCCAAUGUCGAUUGUGGGAGCAAUCUUCUCCCUGUUCCCACAGUCCAUGAGCAUAAAUGCCAGCUUCGGGCUAUGA